UGACGAGGGUCCAAAGAGUAUAAAUUGCCCCACCCAGGAAAAAUGUUACACAUUUCUCACAAUAGACACAUAAAGGUCUCUGCGUGAGAACUGUCUAUAAAUACAUUUUUUUUCCCUAAUCCGUAGACAGCAUUUUUUACGGACCAUCGUAAUCAUGCGUGAGUGCAUCUCCAUCCAUGUGGGCCAAGCCGGUGUGCAGAUUGGCAAUGCAUGCUGGGAGCUCUACUGCCUGGAACAUGGGAUCCAGCCGGACGGCCAGAUGCCCAGUGACAAGACCAUCGGAGGAGGGGAUGAUUCCUUCAACACCUUCUUCAGUGAGACUGGAGCUGGGAAGCAUGUUCCCAGGGCUGUGUUUGUAGAUCUGGAGCCUACAGUUAUUGAUGAGGUACGCUCUGGGACCUACCGUCAGCUGUUCCACCCUGAACAGCUCAUCACUGGCAAAGAAGAUGCUGCCAACAACUAUGCCCGUGGGCACUACACCAUUGGCAAAGAGAUCAUCGACCUGGUGCUGGACAGGAUCCGCAAGCUGGCUGACCAGUGCACAGGCCUUCAGGGUUUCCUGGUCUUCCACAGCUUUGGAGGUGGUACCGGUUCUGGUUUCACCUCCCUGCUGAUGGAACGCCUGUCAGUUGACUAUGGCAAGAAAUCCAAGCUGGAGUUCUCCAUCUAUCCAGCUCCCCAGGUGUCCACAGCUGUGGUAGAGCCUUACAACUCCAUCCUGACCACCCACACCACCCUGGAGCACUCUGAUUGUGCUUUCAUGGUGGACAAUGAGGCCAUCUAUGACAUCUGCCGUAGGAACCUCGAUAUUGAGCGCCCCUCUUACACCAACCUCAACAGGCUCAUUGGCCAAAUUGUAUCCUCCAUCACAGCCUCCCUUCGAUUUGAUGGUGCCCUGAAUGUUGACCUGACAGAGUUUCAGACCAACUUGGUGCCUUAUCCUCGUAUCCACUUCCCUCUAGCUACAUAUGCCCCAGUCAUUUCUGCAGAGAAGGCCUACCAUGAGCAGUUAACUGUAGCCGAGAUCACCAAUGCCUGCUUUGAGCCGGCCAAUCAGAUGGUCAAAUGUGACCCCCGUCAUGGCAAGUACAUGUUCUCUGAGGCCAGGGAAGACAUGGCAGCUCUAGAGAAGGAUUAUGAAGAGGUGGGAGCUGAUAGCAUGGAAGGAGAAGAGGAAGGAGAAGAGUACUAAGGGUCACUUCCCAAUAAAUUUCUCGUUGUCAUUCCUCAUAUUCUCACCCUGCUCCUAAAACAGGCUUAACUUAAAACUUCGUUCCAUUCUGUACUUUGAACACUAACGCAAUAAAUGUGAAUUUCAAACGAAA